UCAAACCAAACUAGAAGAAACACCUCAAAAUACAGCCACAUUCGGUAGCAGUCCAGCACCUCUGGUACAGCCACAUUUUGAGAAUCGGCAACAUGAGUGUAGAAAUCCUCGACGGCAAGACCAUCCGCAGCUUCGUCGAGGACGAGAGCGCCUUCAACUCCUCCGUCGACGGCCGGUUCGCCGCGCUUGACACCAACCGUGAUGGCCUCCUCUCCUACUCGGAGAUGGCCAAGGAGCUCAUGAGCCUCAGGGUUCUUGAGAAGCACUUUGGUGUCGAUGAGGCUGCCAUGAGCUCCGACGAGCUCGUGGAGCUGUACCGUGGCCUGUAUGCGCGGUUCGACCACGAUGGCAACGGCACCGUCGACCUGGAGGAGUUCCGGGCUGAGAUGAAGGAGGUGAUGCUCGCCGUCGCCAAUGGCCUCGGGUUCCUGCCGGUGCAGAUGGUGGUUGAGGAAGGCAGCUUCAUCAAGGUGGCUGUCGACAGGGAGCUGGCCAAGGCAGCCUGAAGAAACAGUUUUGCAGCAUUUUUUUACAUGUCUAAGAUUUAUAAUUUUCAUUGCAUUUUUACUAUGAUUGAACUAUUUCAUUGUUAGUAUUUUAUUGGGCCACGGCAUGAACCAGAAACUCUGUAAUAUCACGAACUAGCUGAACAAAAGGAAAUGUUGUGCGGCUAUGCUCCUGAAAGCCUAUAUCCGGGAAUAAAACUAGCAGUUUUGGAA